AUGCUGCGCGUCAACCUCACGUGUCACUACACGAUAGAGGUGGAAGAAGAGAGCGAUCACCGCGCGCACUCCCGAGCUGGAUCAGGCCGCGAGGAUGCUCCGGCGGGCCGGAACCGCCGGGGGCGGUGGGAGGACCAGCGCACCGGCGGUCGCUCCUCGCGGCCAGCAGAGGUGCACCGGUCGCGCGCCAGCGGGAGCGACGGGGCGGGCACUUCGGCGGAGUUCUCGAGCACGUCGCGCUUCGAGCGCACGGACGUGACCGAGGAGUACGCGGCGGCGACGGGCCUCGCGGGCGGCCUGUUUCCGGACGACCCAGACAUUCGCUGGGCCACCACCUCGAGCCCCCGCGACGCCCGCGCGCGCGGGGGGGCGCGGCCGCAGCGCGACGCGCGGGAGUCCUUCGAGGACUCGCGUCAGCUGUCGGUUCCCCGCGACGACCAGGCGGUGUGCACGGCCAUCCUGCCCUACGGCGUUGACCCCGUCGACUGGGACGUCGGGCUGCGUCACAGGCUGUCCUCGGAGAGCAUGGACGUCGCGAACGAAGGAAGUAUGUCCGGACGAGAUACGCCCGGGGCUCUGUCCCCGGCGGCGACCUCGACCGCGCGCCGGGGGGACGGGAGUGCCCGCUCGGUGCGCGGCGACUCGCAGGGCCCGACGCACACACACAUCCACGGCGAGGUAGUGCUGGGGCAGCCCCGCAUCGUGUACCGCUCCCGCGGCGCCGCGCAGCAGGAGGGAUCCCCGGCAGCAGCAGCAGCCGCGGCGGCCGCGGCGGCGAUCGCGCAGGCCAGCGGGUCCUCGCAGCGCGCGGUGAUCGAAGCCGCGGCGCGCGCGGCUGCAGCGGCGGUCGCACGCGUGCAGCAGGGCCCCGCGCAGACCGGCGCCGAGUCGCCCGCCAGCAGCCGCCAGUCGACGCCGCGGCCGCGCGCGGUGCCGCGCGCCGCCGCCCGCGCACGCACCCCGGAGGCGGCCUUGGAGGUCCGGGCCACAUCGGCCGGGUCGCUUGCCGCGGACCGCGCCGGGGACGCCCCGGAGACCCCCGAUCAGUCCUUAGGCGGCACUCCGGGCGCGCGCCGGCACUUCCCGACGCCCGGGCGGCUCACCGAGAGCCGGCUGGCGCGCAGUCUGGCCCCGCUGUGCAGCGAGGCGUCCAACGAACAGCUCGCGCCCGCGGGGACGCCCAAGACGGUCAGCCCGUCCGGGGAGAAGUCGUCCGCGACCGUGGCGCCCGCCGUUCCUGGCCGCUCGCCGCUCACGAAGCCCCGGCCGAGCAUCCGCCCGCCGCGCCGCACGGGCCGCGAGGAGGCGUGCAUGUUCGUGCUGUCGCGCGCCGAGCGGGACGAGAUGCACCGCGCCGCCGCGCGCCAGGCGCUCGCCGCCCACAUUGACUCGUCGGACUCGGAGGCCACCACCCCGGGUGCGUCGCGCGAGCAGAGCCGCGAGGACAUGUCAGGCCUGCAGCGGGCGCUGUCCGCCGCGGGGCGCGGGCUGCAGCCGCUGCAGGCGGGCGUCCUCGCGCGCUCGCAGCGCCGCCUGCGCGUCGGGCGGGACCUCGGCCUCGACCUGACCGAGCUCCCCAAGGGGCAGCAGCCCGCGCGCACGCUGGAGCCCAUCGCCUCGGUGGGCAACGUGGGCGGCGCGGCGGCGCUCGUGGGCGGCGCGGAGAGCCCCGGCGAGGACGACGAGAGCUCCGCGGGCGACGUGGCGGUGACUCCCAACGCGCACUGGGGCGACCCCAUGCUGGCCUCGGUGAUGGACAAACUGCUGCCCAGCCAGAUGGAGCAUCGCCGGGAGGAGCCGGUCGCGGGGGUGAGGCCCGUCGCGGAGAUCCUCUUGUUCGGGGAGGAGGACGGCGAGGGCGAGAACGGGGCAGGGCGCCUUGUUCCGGGAGCGGGCCUCCCGAGCGGCAACCCCACGCCGCUGCUGGCGGACUUGGACACCGCGGAAGUCCGACGGCGGUCCGAGCGGCACGCCGCGGAGCCUGCCCACGGAAGCUGGGACGCGUGGGCCGACGCGCGGACGGGGCGGCGCGCGGGUCCGUCGACGCGGCAGGUGCAGCACCAGGGAGGGGCUUCGGGACACAAGGGCGAGCUGGGGCGCAUGCACGGGCCGAACGCACGGUCGCGGUCGUCGACGAUGCUCACAGGGCGCCUCGCGAGCAAGGCGUCGGAGCUGCCCUCCGGGCACAGCCACGCGGACGCGGGGUCGCGUGUGCGGGGAGCUGCGCGGGUGGGUCUGCCGCAACUGCAGGCGCGUCGCGCGGAGGGUGCGGGCGAGGACAGCACGGAGGCAUCGAUGAGGGACCGUCCGGGUCCGCGGCGGCACCUGUCGCACGGCCACGCCGGGCUGGGUGCACGGGUGCAGCAGCGGCACUCGGGGAGGCUGCAACACGUCGCCGAGGUCCACGGCGGACGCGUGGCGCCCAGGAACUUCCGGGCCGCGCCGUCGGCGGGGCCCUCCCUCUCCGGCCCCUCGCUCGCCGGGGUGCUGGGUGUGUCCUCGCUGCAGGGGAGCGAGCGCAGGUGA